AUGAUUACUGAAAAUAGUCCUAAAAAUUUUAAUAAGAAUAAAAGAAUAUCUGCAAUAUGUAAAAAACUAGGAAUAAAAAAUAAUCAUGGAAAGAUGGAGGAUGAAAGUAGUAGUGAUGUUAAAUCAACUAAUUCAAUAUCAUCUGACAAAGCAUCACGUUUGAAUUAUCUACAAAUGUUAAGACAUACACCAAAUAGGUGUAUAAGAGGAUGUAGUAGUUAUUAUGGUUGUUGUUGUUCAAAAGGGGGUAAAAAAUUAGCCUUUAUUUUUGGUGAUAGUCCACCUCGCCAUACAUAUUUAUCAUUACCAGAAUUUGCUAAACUUGCUAAAGCAAAUCCAAUUUAUCAUGAAUAUACAUUACUAAAUCAAAAUAUUACUCAGGAGGAGGAAGACAUAAAAAAAGAAUUUGUCAAUGAAAUGGGAAAAAAAAGAUUUUUUAAAAAUUUUCUUAAGAAAUAUCAUUUAAAGGAAAAAAAGAUUGAGAAGGCAUCUGAAAAUUACUUACAUAAAAGUGAGGAGAAAAAUAGUUUAUCUAAUUCAAGUACAUUGAAAGAUUGUGAUAAUAAUAGAAUUGAAGAUAUUUUUUCAAAAAACCAAAAAAGGCAUUCAGUUGCAUCAAUUAAAGAAUGCCAUUUACUAGAUAAAUCUACUUUAAAAAAUUCAUGUAAAAAAAAUUAUAACUUAUUAUAUGAAUCAGAAAAGUUAGAUAGGCCAUAUAUUUUGAAUAUUAAAGAGAGAAAUUUUUCUUUAACACCAAAUAUUUUAUUACCUACAACGGAAAAUAUUUCAAGUCAGGAAGUUUGUAAUAAUUCUAUAAGAAUAAUAACUUCUAGUGAAAAUUUUGGUAAAGGAAUGAGUGUAUCAAGGAAUGAUAGAAAAUCUAAUAAAUCUAAUAGAAGCAAAAGAUUAUUUACAGCUACACCAUCAUCAUUAAGUUUAUUUAGUAAUGGGUACCUUUCAGAUGCCUUUUCAUCUGUUACAGCAAACUUCUCAGCAGGAAGUGGUAAUUCAGAUGUUGGGCAUAGUCGUGGAAGUUCCAUAGUAAUGGACCUUCCAUCAACAUCAAAUGUAUCAAAAGAUGGUAAUCCAAAGAAAAAAAAUAGUGUUACAAAUCGAUUGCGAAAGUUGUCAAAGGCUUUCUUCAAUUCACAGAAUCCCAGUAAAUUAGAUCUUAUGAAUGAUUGGGAAAUCGGUGGUACACAAAAUGCCUGGGUGUGCCCUAGUGAUAGGCAUCUUCAGUUACGUGCACAACUAAAAUCUGGAUGGAGUGUUAGGACGGCAAAAAUUAAAUCACCAACUACUUCAAAAGGACAACCUUCUGGUAUCACUGAAGAGGAACAGGAACAUAUAAAGCGGGUACUGGAGAGAGCAGAACAAGGAAAAGUAAAUGAACAAAUUCGUAUUGGUAAAAUGGUUGAAAGAUUAGAAAAUUUAAAAGCUCGAGCAACUGGAAAUGGAGUGACUCAAUGUUUACUAUGUUCGGCAGAAUUUGGUUUAUUUACUUCAAAAAGUUAUGCUGCUAUGUGUAAUGAUUGUAGAAAGUAUGUCUGCCAACGAAGUUGUGGUGUUGAUACUUUCGAUCAAAAAAAGAUGGAACCAAUUUUUUUGUGCAAAGUUUGUAGUGAAUACAGAGAAGUUAUGUUGAAAAAAAGUGGAGCAUGGUUUUAUAAAGAGUUACCAACAUUUGUUAGAUCAUCACCCAGUGUUGAAGAACAGGAACCUAGCUUUUUAAGAUAUACUAGUGUUAAAAAUGAUUUAAAUAAAAAAAGAUAUCAAAGUCCUUCCUCUGGUAUGAGUAAUGGAAGAAUGGAUAAAAAUUCUUUUCAAUCUAAAAGUGGUAAACAGUACCCACCAACACCAGAAUCUAUUGUUGGAAGUAUUCCAAAUUUUGUUAAAGAUAAUCCAUCUAGACCAAGGAUACAACCAUCAUGGAUUAAAGAGAAACCAGUUGGUAAUUCAAGUUUUAAUAGUGAAGCUACUCAUACAUCUUCAGACUCAGAACCAGAUGAUCGUCCAGGAUAUUUAAAAAAAAUUAGUAGAAGACAGUAUAGACCAAAAGAUUUCCUUCAAAAACAAUCAUAUAUCCCGGAUUCACUAUCACAAAAUUUACCAACAAUAAGUAAAAUUUCUAAAGGAAGUAUUGGUAAAGGAAAAAAUUCACAAAGAGCAUAUGAUUCAGAUGACUCAGAUAAUGAUUAUUGUCACCGUUCAACACCAUCAACCUCACCUCGAUUAUCCUUAGCAACACCAUCAAGUUUUGGAGGAGAUGAUUUUUCCCAGAAUCCGACGACAGUCGUCUCGAACGACUACCCAUUGGACACAAAGUCCAUAGAUUCAGGCGGUGAGCCAAGUAUUGUACAAUCGGAUCACUCAAAUCAUCAAUCAAAUACAUUAUCUAGUUCAAUUUCUGGGGCUGAAUUUCAGCGAUUAACAUCACCAUCAACAUCACAAAAUGAAUUGGGACACUUUAAUUCAUCUAUAAGAAAAGGAUCAUACAAUUCACCUGAAAGAGGAAAUUCAAGAGGAUCAUCAUAUCCUAUUGUAACAUUACCUCAACAAACUGAUAAUGGAACAUAUAUCUUACCAUCAUCAUCAACUAGUUUACAACAAGCUAACUAUUCAUAUAAAUAUUCAUCUUCUCCUAAAACUUCAACUAGUUAUGGAGGAAAUGGAAUUCAUAAAUAUUCUUAUAAUUUUCAACAAAGAUCCUCAAGUGCCACACCCGAAAGGCAAUCUCCAAAAAAUUAUUAUAACAAUAGUAAUAAUAAUAGUCAAAAUAUAUCAACAACUAUUCCUCCCCGACCACCAUCAACACCUUCAAUAAAUUUAACUUUUGCAAAUAAUAUUCGAUCAUCAUCAACCAGUUCAAGUACCUCUUCUUUAGGUCAAAGAACAUGUAGUGAAGGAAAUUCUUUUUUUGAUAAUAUUUUACCAUCUAAUAAUAAUUCUCUUUUUACAUUAGAUCCAGUUAUGGAAGUUAAAGGUAGUAGUGCUGUCACACCAAAUGAUAUUCCAGCUUCUAUUGAGGAGGCUGUCAAGGAGAAUGCCACAACACCAGCAUUUAUGAGUGAUCAAGAAGGUGAUGAUAUACCAAAAAUAACACAAAAUAAGGCUCGUUUUGGUAUUGAUGCAAUUGGUGAUGUCUUAUCCCAGCGACCUCGACUUCCUGCCAAUCGUAGUGUAUUUUCCUUAAGAAGUCAUGGAGUUUCUUUAACUCAGGAAGGGGCAGAAAAAAUGAUAGAAAAUUUUCGUGAUACUAGUAAUGCAUAUAUAGGAUGUUUUUGCCUUCCACGAAAUCUUUUUAAAAGAAAUAAAAAAAAGUUUUUCUAUAUGGAAGAAGAUGUUCUUGGUUCGGUACAAUUUGAAUUAACUUAUUUUACAAAAGAAAAAAAACUUGUAAUUCAUUUAAUUUCUGCUAGAAAUUUAAAAGCAAUGGAUAGUAAUGGAUUUUCUGAUCCAUAUGUUAAAUUUCACCUGAUACCAGGUAAUAUUAAAGCAACUAAAUUAACCUCAAAAACAAUUGAAAAAACUUUAAACCCAAAUUGGGAUGAGGAGUUAGUUUAUUAUGGGGUUACAGAAAAAGAAAAACAAAUAAAAACAUUAAGGAUAACUGUUCUAGAUAGGGAUAGAAUAGGUAGUGACUUUCUUGGAGAGGUACGUGUUUUAUUAAGAAAAUUACCAAAUGGUGUAACACAAAAAUUUAAUCUUUAUCUUGAUAGUGCAAUGAGAAGUAAUGCUCUCCAUGAAAUGACAACAGAACCAUUAAUAAGAGGAAAAAUAUUAAUAGCUAUAUGUUAUAACUUUUCACAAGGAAGUUUAAUUGUAAAUAUUAAAAGAUGUUCUGAAUUAAUUGGUAUGGAUAGUAGUGGUUUUUCUGAUCCAUACUGUAAAAUUAGUCUUACACCAGUAACAAAUAAAAAUCAUAGAAAAAAAACAAGCGUAAAAAAGAAGACAUUGAAUCCUGAAUUUGAUGAAACAUUUAAUUUUGUAAUACCAUACAAAGAUUUACCAACAAAAGCAUUAGUUGUUAAAGUUUAUGAUCAUGAUGUAGCAAAACAUGAUGACUAUAUUGGUGGUAUUGUUUUAUCAACAGCUGCCGAAGGUGAAAGAGGAUUACAAUGGAAAAAUUGUUUAGAAAAUGCCAAUCAAUUUUUUGAACAAUGGCAUGAACUUGAAAAAGAAGAUUAA